AUGGACUACUUUGAAGCCAAUAGGUCUAGACAUGCGUAUCGGCGGAAUGAGCGUGUAAAUAGAGGACUGGGUUCUUUUAUUGAAGGAAAAUCUACUCUUUCUUGCUGGCAACAGGGACCCAAUGUGAAGGCAUUUGAGGACAACUCCAAGUUCGAGGGCGGCUUGGACACUAUGCAACAACGAUUUGAGAGCCAAGGCGUGGCACAGAACGGAGACGAACCGGAACAUUCUGCCACGGCCGCAUACGCAUCAGGUAUUGGAGCGUCAGACUUCGCCAAGUUUCCUACCGAGGGGCCCCCUGGAGCAGCCCAACCUGGUUACCUUGGGCCCUACGAGCCAGAUAGCCAGACAGGCUUGCGUGAAAACGACCGGAGUGCUAUAUUUUCAAAAGCUGCCAACAUUAUUCGAGAAUCUUUUGAAAUAGAGGGUUGCUUAUUCUUCGAUGUCACAGUGGGCUCGUAUAGAGCUCCUACUGUUCAGUCACCAUCCGGUAAUGGUGGGGGUGAGAGACCAUCAAGCCGACUCUCUUCAGCAAGCAGCAGCGAUGACCAGCUUUUCUCAUUACCAGCGGAAGAUCACGAUGUCAUGUGCGAGCUGCUCGGUUUUUCCACAUCUGACGGGUCAAGCAUAAACAGGCGCAGACUGGCGCAAAGCGAAGGAAAUCUACCCAAGCAGUUCCUAGCAAAGCUGCUUCGCCGAUAUCCUGAAGGCAAGAUUUUCAACUUUGAUGCCGUUGGAGAGUUGCAAUCCAGUGAUUCCUCAGAUGACGAUCGUGGGCCAUGUACCACGGUUAACGAUCUGUCGCGUCCGUCCAGACAUGACAAUGACAUUAGCGCAUCCACGACCACGGAGGGCCGAGAGAACAAAGAAAGGCAACCCCGCCGUCUAAGGGAAGGUGCCUUAAUUCAUAAAAUGUUUGCAUUCGCCCGUAGCGUAGCCUUCAUACCAGUUUGGGACUCGAAGAGAGAGCGGUGGUUUGCAGGCGGCUUUGCAUAUACGCAAACUGCAGCAAGAGCCUUCACCGUUGAAGGCGAACUUAGUCUUCUGAAGGGGUUUUCUAACUUGAUUACUGCUGAAGUCCAUAAACUCGAGACUCAGCAAGUUAAUCAGGCGAAGUCAGACGCAUUAGGGUCGCUAUCUCACGAACUACGAUCUCCUUUACACGGUGUGGUCCUUGGCAUUGAGCUCCUCAACGAUACGGACCUCACCGUUUUUCAAGGGAACGCAACGCAUACAAUUGAAACAUGCUGUCGGACCCUUAUGGAUACUAUUGACCAAAUUCUUGACUAUGCAAAGGUCAAUAGUUUUGCAGCACCACACAAGCAAGCGUCUACAGUGACCCCUUGGCGGCUAAGACAGAGAGCAGGUUCGGCACACUUUGGCAAAAGGAGCCUGUACCUGAAUGCGAGGUUCGAUGGACUAGUAGAGGAAGUCAUGGAAACCGUGUUUGCGGGUUUCAACUUCCAGUACAUGUCCGUGAGACAACUGUCUAGGCACGAUGCGUGGAUGACACAAACUGACGAAAUCGCCCAUAACCAGAUGGAUGCCGCACAAGCCAUGGAGCAACUUGGACCUGGUGUUGGGGACACACGCGACGGAGGACAGAGGCUACACUUCGGGGACGUAUCGGUCUACUUGCAGGUUGAUCAAACUUGUAAUUGGAUGUUCCACUUACCCGGGGGUGCAAUUCGACGCAUUAUAUUGAACUUGUUUAGUAACUCGCUCAAAUUUACAACCCAGGGUGCCAUCUGGGUCUCACUGAGCCAAGAAAAAGCGUCGGCGAAGCGGACAAGAACAGAACGUGAACGCAUCAUUACAUUAUCAGUUCAGGAUACAGGUCGGGGUAUUGGCCAAGACUAUAUGCAAUACAGAUUAUUCCAACCCUUUGCUCAAGAAAAUGACCUUUCACCCGGAACGGGACUAGGCUUGAGUCUUGCCAAGAAAAUUGUAUCACAGCUUCAUGGCCAGAUCUCGGUUCAAAGUCAAGUUGACGUUGGGACAAGGAUUACCGUUCAUUUACCACUCGCGCAGUCCCCGGCAAAUACUGAUAAAACCAAGGAGGACCAGGACUUUGAGGAUCAAGUUCAAGAGCUCACUGGCUUACGCGUCCAACUGGCUGGCUUUUCCACCGUGAAAAUCGCAGAGAGGAAUAAACUUGCCAUGGUGGAGGACAUUUGCCGGAAUUCACUCCACAUGGAAGUAGUUUCGCCUGACAUAGGUGGGCAGUUGGCACCGGACAUAGUUCUUUGGUUAGAAUAUGCGCUUCCAGAAUCAUUCGGCGAGCUCUCCGAUUUUACUAAAACGCCAAACGUGGUCAUCUGCCGGGAUGCUCUUGCGGCGUACCGCCGAUUUAGUAUUCAUGAAUCUGCCGGUUAUGAGGGUGUAUUCGAUUUCAUAUCGCAGCCAAUCGGGCCUCGUAAGUUAGCGAAGUCGAUACAACUCGCCUACAAACAUUGGAUGAGCCUACCUAAAAUCCCCUCGCCGCCUGUCAAGCCGCCCAGGUCCCCUAAGUCCAACAGUUUGUAUGGUGUCCGGCUGAAUGACGAGGCUGUUGCACCGGUUCAGCCAUCGAACCCCAUGCCGUUCACAGAAUCGGCUGCCAACCCGGAGUUAAUAAACCCCCAGCCACAACAUACAAGCCCGACUCUGGCUCGGACUGUGUUGGUCUCCGAUGCGAGCUUAGUGUGUAAGAAGCCCGCCAUUGCCAAUAAAAUCUUACUUGUUGAUGAUAAUCACAUCAACUUGAAGAUAUUGUCCGCAUACAUGGGCAAGCUCGGUCGGCCGCACGAAGCCGUUGUGAAUGGUAGAGAAGCACGCGAUACGUAUAUACAGAACCCAGACUGCUUUGUAGCCAUUCUAAUGGAUAUUUCCAUGCCCGUCAUGGACGGCCUUGAGGCCACAAGACAACUUCGGAAUUUUGAGCGUCACAAUCAAUUGCGGCCAGUUGCCAUUCUCGCCUUGACGGGACUGGCGUCUCACACGACGCAGAGGGAGGCAUCUGAGAGCGGAGUAGACAUAUUUUUGACGAAACCGGUGCGCUUAGUGGCCUUGAGGGAAGCCAUGGAAUUGAUGAGAGUCUUCUCUUAG